UUUAGGAGGAAGUGUUGAAAUCAUAGACUGUUGUUUAAAUCGACACAACAAGAAAAAGAGGAAGUGCACUGUAAAAUCUCUUACAGUCUCUUUAAAGCCACAGGAGUGACGUGAGUCAGGACGCUACAGUGAAAACUACAAUCACACUUGCUGGACGAGUCAACGAAAGACGCAAUGAUUGAUCUGUCUUCUGUAUCCGUGACCUGGACCUUGGUGGUGCUGCUCAUAACCCUUCUGUUUAUUUAUGGUGUCUGGCCACAUGGGUUUUUCAACAAACUGGGAAUUCCAGGACCAAGGCCUUGGCCAUUCCUUGGCACAUUUCUCUCAUAUCGAAAAGGUCUUUGCAAUUUCGAUAUGGAGUGUGCAGAGAAAUAUGGAAAGAUGUGGGGGAUCUUUGAUGGAAGACUCCCAAUAUUAAUGAUCACUGAUCUGGAAAUGAUCAAAGCUGUUAUGGUGAAAGAAUGCUAUUCCACCUUCACCAACAGAAGGGAAACAAAUGAAAGCGUGGCCGGCCCUUUAGCUGAUGGAAUAUCUUUAGUUAAAGAUGAGAGAUGGAGAAGAAUCCGUAGUUCUCUCUCCCCAUAUUUCACAAGCGGUCGACUUAAGGAGAUGUUUCCUACAGCGGAGAUACAUGCUGAGCGUUUUAUAAAAAAUAUGCUGAAGAGAGACCAGGAGCAGCCAGUUAAAAUUAAAGAUGCUGUCGCACCAUACAGUUUGGAUGUUGUCACCAGCUCUUCUUUCAGUGUUGACAUUGACUCCAUAAACAACCCUGAUGAUCCGUUUGUUACCAAUAUUAAGAAGUUUUUCUCUCCGUUCAGUCCAUUCAUUUUGAUAUUAACUUUUUUUCCCUCCGUUGCAAUUCUCUUGUCCAAAAUGGGUAUAACUCUCUUUUCAAAGUCAUCUAUGGAUUUUUUCUACAAUGCUCUGAGAAAGAUAAAAGACGAGCACAACAAAGAAUCCAAUGGGCGGGUAGACUUUCUAAAGCUCAUGAUCCAGAGUCAAAUAUCUGAUGAACAAGCUGUGGACACCACGAGUGAACAACCAAUUAAAGGUCUUACCGACCAUGAGAUCCUCUCUCAGUCCAUCGUUUUCAUCGUGGGAGGUUAUGAGACAACAAGUACAACUCUGAGCUUCCUCCUCUAUAAUCUCGCAACUAAUCCAGACUGUCUGCAACAGCUGGUUGAGGAGAUUGAUACAAACUUUCCCCUCAAUAUGCCUGUCACAUAUGAUGCAUUAAUGAAAAUGGAUUCCUUGGAAAUGGCCGUCAAUGAAUCGAUGCGACUUCUUCCCACUGCCCCACGCUUAGAGAGGACCUGUAAGAAAACUGUAGAGCUCAAUGGCGUCACCAUACCCCAGGGCACUCUGGUUGGAAUUCCUACAUAUGUGUUAAACCGUGACCCACAACUCUGGGAAUCCCCCGAUGAGUUCAGACCACAGAGGUUCAGUCCAGAGAGUAAGUCAGAGGUUAACCAGUAUGCUUUCAUGCCUUUUGGACUCGGGCCCCGAAAUUGCAUUGGAAUGAGAUUUGCUCUGAUGAUCAUGAAACUUCUUGUCGUGAAGCUGCUUCAAAACUUCACUGUGGAAACAUGUAAAGAGACGCAGAUCCCUCUUGAGAUGAAUGUCAUUUUUCAGCCUAAGGUGCCCAUCACACUGAAGUUCACACCAAGAUCUCACAGGGACGGAGAAUAAAGCUAAAAGAGUUGUCACAUUUUAGUAAAAUGAUCUAGAAGACAUCAUGUUUAGAUAUCAUGUAAUCACAAAAAAAGUUAAAUGUAAUUGUGAUCACGCUUCUAAUAACUCAGAUUAGUUUGGUCUCAAACAUUAUGUUUACAUUAUAUUUAAUUAAGCUAUUGUAAUAUACAUUGGUGCAGUUAAGUCACUUGUGAUUUUAUGAGCCUUGAGCUCCUCUCUGUAACUUUGUCGUUUGCUUUGUAUUUUUGCUAUUGUAAUAAAUGCAUUAUUAAAAGGAAAACUGUGUGUUGGAUUUUAAAGAAUCUAAAAUGUAAAUGAUGCUACAGAAUAAUUUCAUACGAAUGUGGGAUGUUGAUGGUGUUUUAAUGGGGUCAGCUUGUCAUGAUUUCUAGGCUCCUUCUCAUGCACUAGAUUGAAAACUACUAUUAAUAAAACCACACUUUAAAAACA